UUCUUCCAUUUUCAACUUUGUUCUGAUGUUUUCCAAUCUUUGCACGGCGUCUUCACCAACCGUAACAACAACACUACCGCCAUCACAGUUUCCUCCCACGCUCUCUUUACCCCUAAAACCGUGUUUCCUUCGGAAUCCACAUGCCUCAGAAACCUUCUCAUUUACAAUACUCUGUUUCUCCCUGUUUUUUCAUAAUUUGAGCCGACACUCUUGAAACUUGAACCUCCUCCUCUUCGCAUUCUCCAUUUAUUAUUUAUUAUUAAUCAUUUCCUUUCAUUCUUCUCAAUUCCCAUUUUUUUUUUCCUUUGAAUUCUGGACCGCUUUUAUGGCUACUGUGUUUUACCAACACGUGUCUAUUCUGUUCUUGCUCUGUUUCUUCUUCUUCCUCUGUUUCUGUGCUAUGUUUUCUGCUGCAGCUGCCAGGUCCAGCAUCACAACCGCUCAGUUCAUUAGGAACCGUGACAAUCUCAUCUCAGAUGGAAACAACUUCGAAAUGGGUUUCUUCACUUACGAUAAUUAUAACAACACUUACGUUGGGAUUUGGUACUACACCAUUCCUCAACCAUACGUCAUAUGGGUCGCUAACAGAGACUACCCCGUCAAAGGCGAUGGUGGCGCUAUAACUAUCCAACAAGAUGGAAACUUGGUUAUCUUCGAUGGACAAAAGCGCAAAGUAUGGUCAAGUAAUGUCACAAUUUCUGCGAAUAACAAGACCACUGAAGCUGUUCUUGGUGAUGAUGGAAACCUCGUACUUACACUCACAGAUUCUAGGAAAAAGGUAUGGCAGAGCUUUGAGGAUCCAAGCGAUACGUAUUUACCGGGUAUGAAGGUUCCAGCGAAUCCUUCAAAGGGGAAGAACAACUUUGUCUUCACUUCAUGGAAAUCAGCCAAGGACCCUUCACCUGGGAAAUACACAAUGGGGGUUGAUCCUGAGAGUUUGCCUCAGAUUGUGGUUUGGGAAGCAGGGGAAAGAAGGUGGAGGAGUGGUUACUGGAAUGGAGGAGUCUUCACUGGUGUGGACAUGACAGGAAGCGUGCUCAACGGUUUCACUAUUAACAAAGGCGAUAAAAGCUCUUACUUUUCUUAUAGCGUGCCCAAUGGUAGUGAUAAGGUAAGGUUUCAGAUAACUUGGGAUGGGUAUGAGAAAGACUUGAAGUGGGAUCCAUCUCAGAAACAAUGGAACGAGACACAGAAAGGGCCUUCUAAUGAUUGUGAGGUUUACAACAAGUGUGGUAGUUUCUCAGCUUGUGAUAUUAGUUCAGGUUCACCUGUUUGUAAGUGCUUAAGAGGGUUUCAACAAAGAGGUGGUGUUGGUGGUGGGUGUAAGAGGGUGACACCACUCAAAGCUGAAAAGACAACCUCUCAGGUCGGUGUCAAAGAAGAUGGAUUCAAGAGGCAUCGCUGCUUGAGGCUGCCGGAUUUUGCACAGCAAGGAAACCCGGUUGGCGCCGAGAACUGCGAGAGCUUUUGCUUGCAGAAUAGUUCUUGCACUGCUUAUGCUGAAGUUAGUGGGAUUGGGUGCAUGGUUUGGUAUGGGGAGUUGGUUGAUCUUCAAGAUUUUAGAGGAAAUGUAGGAGAAACACUUUUCAUUCGUUUAGCUGCUUCUGAUUUAGAAGAUGGAGGGAAAAAGAACAAGGUUGUGAUAGUAACAGCUAUUAUAGCAGGAUUAAUCUCUAUAGGGAUUUUUGUAUUUAUAGUAUGGAGGUGCAAGGCAAAACUCAAACUCAAAGCUGCAGUUUCGUCCGCUUCAUGUCGCAAGAAUAGUGAUGUAAUACCAAUUUAUGAUGCAAGCAAGAGUAAAGAGAUGUCCACAGAAUUUUCAGCAUCAGCUGAUCUUAGUUUGGAGGGUAAUGAGCUAAGUGGACCAGAACUUCCACUUUUCAAUUUUAAUUGCAUUUCCAUAGCCACAGACAACUUUUCACAAGGAAAUAAGCUUGGGGAAGGGGGUUUCGGUCCUGUUUAUAAGGGAAAGCUUCCAAGUGGAGAACAAAUAGCUGUCAAAAGGCUUUCAAGACAUUCCUGCCAAGGUUUGGAGGAGUUCAAGAAUGAAAUGAUGCUGAUAGCCAAACUACAACACAGAAAUUUGGUUAGACAAAUGGGUUGCUCUAUUCGAGGUGAAGAAAAAUUGCUUGUAUAUGAGUACAUGCCGAACAAAAGCUUGGAUCGCUUUUUAUUUGAUCCGGUCAAGCAAACACAGUUAGACUGGGCAAGACGCUAUGAUAUCAUUGAAGGCAUUGCAAGAGGACUACUUUAUCUACAUCGAGAUUCAAGACUAAGAAUAAUUCAUCGAGAUCUAAAAGCAAGCAAUAUUUUAUUGGACGAAAACAUGAACCCAAAAAUCUCAGACUUCGGGCUGGCCAGGAUAUUUGGUGGAAACCAGAACGAAGGCAAUACAACCAGAGUGGUUGGUACAUAUGGUUAUAUGGCUCCAGAAUAUGCAAUGGAAGGUCUAUUUUCAGUUAAAUCCGAUGUAUAUAGUUUUGGUGUAUUACUUUUAGAGAUUGUGAGUGGUCGGAGGAACACUAGCUUUCGUCACUCGGAUGACACAAGUCUCAUUGGAUAUGCAUGGCAUCUUUGGAAUGAAGGCAGAGCAAUGGAGCUUGUAGACCCUUGCAUACGUGAAUCAAGUCCUAAAGACAAAGCCUUGAGGUGCAUAAACAUAGGAAUGUUGUGUGUGCAAGAUUCAGCAUCUCAUAGACCAAACAUGUCCAAUGUAGUGUUGAUGCUAGAAAGUGAGACAACCACUCUUCCAUUACCUUCACAACCUUUGGUCACUUCCAUGAGGAGAUCUGAGGACAGAGAAUUUCAUAUGGAAGGUCUUGAUGUUUCAAAUGAUUUAACUGUCACAAUGGUGGUUGGAAGAUAGAAUGAAAAUGAAGGAUGAUUGUAUGCUGUUUUUUGUUCUUAUUUUGAAAAUUUGGAAAUAUAUCCUUAAUUAAAUUUGAAGACACUGUAUAUAUCAAAUUUGUAUCUAUCUUGAGACUCCAGUAAAAGAAAAAUAAGAAUAGAGGCUA